AUGGAACUGGCACCACAUGUACAAGGUGAAUCCUUCUUAGACAGACCUGAAGACAACCCAAAAGAGUUAUGGACUUAUCAAAAAUCAGAUAAUUGGGGAUCUUAUAAAGUUAGUGGGUGUGAUCCAGCUCCUAAUGAUGCUAAAUACUCAUUCCCCAUCACUUCUAUGCCAAAGACUGUUAUGAGAACCAUAUUCAUGUUUUUAAAAUUAGUGGAUUGUUAUAGCUUUUUAAAAGCGGUUCCUCAUCCCAUGAUAGAAGAGUUACUAGUGGAAAAAAAAGAAAUUCUUUAUAAAGCUUUAACUUUUUCUGAUAAUUUCUAUUGGUCACGUGAUGUUGGUAAGUAUGAGUGGGAUCGUAUUGCUAAUCGAGUUGGGCAUAGCAUGACUUAUUUACCUUCUGAAAAUGCCGUGUACAUUUUUGGUGGGAGAAAUAUAGAUGAAGAGAACCGGCCUGGGCUUGAUAAUACGUUCAACGAUAUGUGGAAGCUUGACUUGGCAACUAUGAACUGUAGAAAAAUCUUCCCCUCAAUACCAGAUGACCCUCCUCUUAAGAAGUAUCAAGCUGUUAUGUUGGCUUACAAUAAAUCUCUACUUCUACACGGAGGAAGACCAGUAAGGAAGCGAACAGAUUUUUGUUCAAAUGAAAUGCAUCAGUUUAAUCCUCUUAAUAAUACUUGGAAUAAGUUUACCACAUGGAAUGUGGGGCCGCGAUUGUCUGAUCAUUGCGGAGUCAUUCAAUCCAAUAAUCUUAUUUUAUACGGCGGCUACACAGAGAAUCAAGACGUGUCAACAUGCUUUCAUAUUCUUAAUUUCAAAAGUGAACUCUGGUGCUCAGCAACAUUGAGAAAUGUUCCCACGCAUUUUACUAGCGCCGAUUAUAGUCGUCUACAGUUCAGUCCACACCUCUUUCCGCCAUAUCAACCAGGGACUUAUUCCUUAAUUUCCCUCAAACCCGGUUUUCUGUUGCUUUUUGGUGAACCAGACCUGCAGUACCUUUCUUACAAUUUCGCCCUCUUGAUUGAGUUUCCCUCGUACGAGCCUUGUACUAUACCAUGGAGUUGGAGAGUCAUACAGAUCACUGGGAAGUUCGAAGAUUUCACGUUUGACAGUCCAGGAAUUCUACCAUUUCUAUCCGGCAAUACUCGUCAUCCGAAGGUUGUUGCUAUUCAAAGCAAAACGGCAGUUAAGUUAGUUAGUCUAGGUUUACCGAGGAACCCUUCGAAAGUAAAGGUUGUUGAAGAUGUGUAUUACGAGGUUGCAGAAGUAUCCAAAAGGAAACACAGUCGUAUACAGAACUUUCUUAUAAGUUUGAGCGAAAAGAUGCUGCGAGAUCUUAUGGAAGUAUAUAGUUCGUCUAAGAGGAGGAGUCCGCAUUUCUACUUCGCUUUUGACGGUAUUUCCUUGAAGUUUAAAAACUUUCUCGUCAAUAUUGAAAAAUUGAAAAGAACUAGGAAGUUCCCCAUCUACGAUGUACAAAUACGAUUGGAUCUGCUGCAUCAAACUAAGACUGGGGUUGCAUUUGAUUUGGUUGAUCUUUACGAAAUAAGACGAAUGAUCAGUGAACAAGCCGAAAGAUUACAUUUGAAUAGGCAACGAGGCUACUGCAUGCAAGCUGAUCCUGGAUUUUACGGUACUGCAAAACUCGUCACCUAUUCGGCAAUAAUUGAUACUUCUGGCGAUUUCCAAAAUUUUUUUGAAAUUAAUUUAAAAGAGGGAGAGCCUGACUCACUUAGUUCUCCGGCACUGUUUCGAUACGAAAUGUGUCCUACUGAGUUCGACAUUGUAGUUCUAGGAGGUUCACACUUCAAGGAAAAAUUAAAUGAAUCGGGAUUACCUGUAACAGGUUAUAUUUAUACAAUGACUCCAAGUUUCCCAAGAUGCGUCAAACCUGCUGGAUCAGAAUUCAUUUGA